AUGGACAGACUGCUGGCUGACCCGAAGAGCAGGUCGUCCCUGGUCGACUCGGUGGCCGCGUGUGUCGGCGGUGACAAGUGGAGGACCUCGGCCGGCGGUGGUUGCUGUGACGUUGACACGUCAACGGUAAAUCUAUCGACGACGGCCGCAGACGAGCCGCCCGCCUUGACCGAUUUGCUGUGCCGAACAGACUGCAAGACGACGUCCGUGCAGAAGUUUGUGGCGGCCACGAGCCCGUUGACUUGUGACGGCUCUAAGCUGUUGAGCCGCGUGGCCGGCGAGUGCCUGGAAAAUUUUGGCUGGACGGCCGGGGCCGUUUUCGACGAACGGAAGCAAAAGUUGUGCGACGCAUUGGCCAAGGAACAGGUUGCCCUGUUGCUCCGGUACCGGACCACUGCGCAGCGGAUGCUCACCCGCGCACAGAUACUCCAGGAUCACGUGCGCGAGCUGAUGCCUACUUUUCAGUACGAGGAGUUCUUGAAACGGCCCGACGAGCACGUGACCAAGGUGUUGCUGGCCAAGAAGACGGGAAACGGACUAGAACCGGAUACAGGGCUUUCAACGAACGGGGAUGACGAUGCAACAGAAGAAAUUGAUGUGCGCGCUCCAGUGGUUGCGGUCCGAAGUGGAGAGAGCUGA